AUGGGUGAUAACAGAUACGAUAAUCUUACAGCACCACAAGAAGAUAAUCUAUGUGAGGGUGAAAAUUUUCAACAAAUAUUACAAGAAAUUCAAAUAAUUGACCAAAGGGAUACGGUAAACUCAUUAAAACGACAUUCAACAAACCGUAGUGAAAUUCAAUACCACGAUGAAAAUAAUUUUGAAGAAAAUGAAGGUUUCCGACAACAAACAAAACACAGGCAACAUAAACGACCAAACUAUAAUGCAAGAGAUGAACGUUCGAAAAUAACAACAAGUAGAACGUACACAAAUUCUAACUCUAAUUCUAGUAUAAAUGAAAAACGCAAUAAUCAACAAGGACGAAUGCAAAUGAAUAAUAAUAACAGAUAUAACAACAAUGAUCACGAUCAAAAUAAAAAUGAACAUCAAAGACAAAUUUCUCAGCAAGCAUUGAACUAUGCAGCAGAAAUACAUUUACAACCUAUUAAAUUCGAAUGUGAUCCUAAAUUUACACAGCAAAAAUUAGCAGCCAAGUUUAUUCGUCUGUUUUUUAAAUAUAUUGAAAAGAUUUUCGUGAACAGAAUCAAACUUUUCCAAAUCCAUUCGGUUUUGAUCAAUGGUGGAUUGAUAGAGAUGGAAAUAUUCAAGGCAUAA